AUGUCAACCACAUUCCGUAAAGUCGUCAUUCCCAAGUACGGCGAUGCAUCAGUCCUUGAAAUCGCCGAGGCCACCCUCCCUCAGCCUGCUGCAGGGGAGGUGCAAGUUGCACCUAUAUACGCCGGGUUUUCUGGUGCCGAUAUCAACAUGCGGCGUGGUGUCUACCCAAGCCAAGAGAAGCCACCACUAACCCCUGGCUACUGUCUCGUCGGCAGGGUGAAGACCAAUGGCAGCGAAAGCUCCAAGUUCAAGGCUGGCGACACUGUCGCAUGCCUGACCAAGUAUGAUGCUCAGGCUCAGCUGGUCAACCUGCCGGAGAAACACCUCAUCCCCGUCCCUGACGGUUCCGCCUUGGACCAGGUGACAGGCCUCAUUCUGGACUGGGCCACCGCCUACGGCAUGGUUCACCAAGUUGCCAAGGUGACGAAGGGACAGAAGGUGUUUAUCCAUGGCAUCAGUGGCUCUGUUGGCUACGCCACCAUGAAGCUUGUCCAGCUUCUGGGUGCGACGGCGUACGGUACAGCAUCAGAGAGGAACCACGCCGCUGUCCGGGAGCAGGGCGGCAUCCCCUUUGUCUACACCGAUAAGAACUGGAUCAAGGCCAUGAAGGAAGAGGGUGGCGUCGACGUCGUCUUUGAUUCCAUCGGCUUCGAGAGCUUCCACGAAUCCUACGACAUCCUCAAUAGCCACGGCAUUGUCGUCGGCUUCGGCGCCAACAAGCACUCUCUUACCAACGAGGCUCCUGUUUCGGCCGUAUGGCCGACUGUUAAGUUCUUGCUUAAGGGCCAAAUUCCCUGGAGAGGGAAGAGAACCACCUUCUACAUGAUCAAUCGAGACCAGUCAAACUAUCAGCCCAAUGUGAAGGCUCUUCUGGAGCUGCUUAGCAAGGGCGAAAUCACAGUGCUCAUUCGCAAAAUCUGGGAUAUGGAUGAUAUCCAAGAGGCCCAUCGUCAGUGGCACAGCGGUUCUGGAGUUGGCGCAGUUAUAGUUCGGAUACCGGAGUUGAAGUAA